CUCUGCCGUUUCCUCUUCGACCACUCUUCCACUUCCACCGUUCUCUUCCGGCCGUCCAUCUCUAGCCGGAACUCGGGGGGCGUCGCCACGUCCGUUCACUUCCGGGCUACGAUCUCAGCCGCCGCUGCGCCUGCCACCGUCACACAAGCCGACCGUCGCCGCCGGCCUCCUUACCCAAGCCUCGGGGUCCUAAACCGUACGCAGAUCCCUCUUGGAAUGGCGAGCCAAGAGAAGCCCAUCACGCCGUCGCCAGCUCCUCCGGCGCCGCCCCAACCACCAACGCCCGAGGGAGCCCCCCGCAUCCGCGGGUUCGGCGGAGGCGCGGCCGGCGGCGGGUACCCUAACCCUCCUGACGCGGCGCUGCCCGACGCGGCUACGCUGCGGGACCAGUGGCGGUUCGCGGUGCGCCAGUACAGCCGGUGGUACUCCCAAGCCUGGGGCACCGCCAUCCUCGCUGGCGGCGCCUUCUUUGCCCUGGGCUGGCUCGUCAAGGGUUCCAACCCCCUUCCCUCCCGCGCCGAUCCCCGUCCCCCCAACGACGCCAACGCGGACGAGGAUAAAAAGUGACUGAAGCUAGCUGGGAAAGAAACUCCGCGUGUUCCAAACUGACCAGCCAUGUGUUCGUAGUACCCUGUAAAAAAAUAAUGGCGUGUGUUCCAAACUCCGCGUGUCUAUUUUGAGUAAGUCAGCAAAAUAAUGGCGUGUUGUCGUAGUCAAAGCUCAGGACUAUCUUGUAAAUAUGACAGGUGUUUAUGAUUUCAUGCAAUAGAGGAGAUGUUUUUGAAA